GACAUUCGUAGCAUGGGCCAAAAUGAUUCAGUUGCAUGUAGAAGCAGCAGGCGGGGGCACAAAUGCAUUCUGAAUUAAAGAGAAAUGGUCGCUGAGGAGAGGGGAGCUCGGCCACAAACUGAGCAUUCAUUUAAAGAAACGCAACAACUCCACAAUGAAAGAUUUUGUCCUCUCUUUGCUGAGUCGUGGGUAUGGCCAAGUUGUGCCAAAUGAAGAUGGUCAUGAUGGAAGGCUGGAGGUUUGUUUUGAACCAGAGGACUACUUCAACUGGAAAUCCCAGCCUCCAUUGCUACGUCUUACCAGCAGCGGACGUUUUUUUGGAGGCAUGGAACCAGUUCCUCCUAAAACCUACAGUACGAGGAGAGGUCCUCUUAUCCUGUAUUCAGAGGAUCUCGCACGGGCAUACAAGACUGGCCAGGUUAACAGGAAGAGAAAAGCUCAGAGCUGCCCAAAACAGGAAGUUGAGAAGCAGCUGCAUACACUACAAGACCUGACUGGAGCUAUCUUGGCUUUUGGAAAAAAGUCAGCGGCUGGAUCUCUUGCCGGAGUAACGCACCCCUUACUGCCAGACACUAAACAUGCUAUACAGAACAUCAACACUCAUCCCAGGCCCGGAGAGAAGAACUAUAAUUCAAGCCAGGUCAAAGGAGAAAAAAAUAAUCAGAUCAGAUAUCAGCCACGUUUUCUCUGUUCCCCUCGGCCCAAAAGGGCAGACCUGGGUCCUCUACCACCCAUAACAGAUGCUUCAAUACACGUACAAAUCCAGGAGAGAAGUCAAGCGGCACCAGAUGAACAAAUGGCCUUUAAGACCAAACAACAAAAAGAUCCACCGAAAGAGAAGCCAAAAGAGAGAAAGAGAGCAGGGAGUCUGAGGAUCGUAGUCGACAUGUGCAGAACUCAAAUGAGUCCGAUCCCUGAGACAGAACCAGCACAUCAGACUGAAGAUCAAACAGUGAUGCCAACAAACAAAAAAAUCACCUCCACAAUACUCUCACAUGCGAUCGACCCUCGUAAGGAUGUAAACGGCCGUGGGAAGCGCAGUCGGAUGGAGAGUGGAGGUGGAGUUGCAGAGGUGUGCGCUGUGAGGUCAGUGUGUGUGGAUUCGUCUUUGGAGUACAGCCCCCUCUCAAGGGUCAACUACUACGGUGGACACAUGGAGGGAUCCCGCCAGAUGAGACACUGUGGAGGUGAAGCUCACACGAGGAGAGUGAAUACAGAAACAGAUCCCAGCUUCACUGCCUUCCACUUACCUCCCAUUAACCAAGGCCCACUGGUCAACUCAGGCUCUGAUAUCACCUUAACAAUGAAUCAAACAGAAAUAAAAGAGAAAAAAAGCAGCUGUGAGAAUUUACCAAAAAGGGAAUUACACAUACAUCUCCCAGACAUCAAAGUGGGAAGUGCACACGAAAACCCCUCCGAGAGACGCAUCCACAGCAAAGUGCUGCUGCUCUUCCCCGCACAAACAGAACAAACAGACACCCAUCAGCCAGAUGAUGACCUCCACGGGACCCCUGUUGAGGAGACAGAGCCACAUGGUGAUUUAGAGCAUGCAGACCAAGGAAAACAGGACCCUCACUCUGACAGCAAGUGCAGAAUUAUAGAGAUGGAUCUUGGAAAUGUCGUGUGGUCUGAUGAUCUAGAAAAAGAAGAUCAACAUCCCCCUCUUGGUCCAUUGCCCCCGCUGGUGGGCAGGAGGGGUCCAGGUAAACAGAGCUCCAUGGCUGUGUACAGACAGAACCUACACGACCCUGCAGACACACCAGAAACACAAACAGGACACACUAGAGGCUGCAUCCCUCUGGAGCUCAGAGAAUGGCAGGGAGGCAAAGCAGUGGGCACCCUAAUAAUGGGUCCUGACGGUGAAAUCAUACGCUUGUCUCUCUGGGAUCCCGCAGUUGACACUGAGGACCACCCAAUAAUGGGUGAUGUCACACAAGGUCACGUUCUUAAAGUUUUGACUUCUGAGGGAGAUUUGAAACAGCCUUGGACGAUCCUCAUACAGGACCACAACACAGAGGAAGAGGAAGACGACGCAAGUAACACUGAAGAAACUUCUUCAGACACCGAGAAGCUUGACUCUAGUCAUGAGUGGUUUAAGGUCAAUAAAACUGCAGAGAAAAUUAACGCUAAGGAGAGGCGGCAUCAAUUAGGUUCCUGCAAUAAAACAGUUGGGAAGAGGCAGGUGCUUAAGGUCACCUCUCGCAAAGAAACUAAUGCAGAGGAGGAAGAGGAAGAAGAUGAGGAGUAUGAGGAAGAGGAAGAAGAAGAGUAUGAGGAAGAGGAAGAGGAAGAAGAAGAGUAUGAGGAAGAGGAAGAAGAAGAUGAGGAAGUGGAAGAAGAGGAGGAGGUGGAUGAGAAAGAUAGUUUAGACAUAUUCAUAUCACCAUGUCCUCCCAAACCUGUAUCUAGGAAAGCUUGCACACAACAGAAUAAUGCAGUAAAUGAAGGGAACGAUUUAGGCUCUGACCGUCAGACUUUUCAGAAACAAAGGGUGAUUAAGGUCAAAUCGCGUUUAAAGCAGACUAAAGCCAAGAGAAACGAAGAUUGUUUAGACGAUGACAAUGAAAUAAUCCAGGAGGAACAGGAGUAUAAGGUAAGAUCGCGUGCAAAGAGGGCGAAAGCCAAAAAGGAUGCCUGUUUAGGUGCUGGCAGCGAGAUCAUCCAGGAGGAAGGGGUCUUUAAGGUCAGAUCACGUGCAAAGCAGACUAAUGCUAAGAGGAAGGAUGAUUGUUUAGGAGCUGAGGGUGAAAUAAUCCGUGAGGCACAGCAGACAUUUAAGGUGAGAUCCCAUGCAAAGCAGACUAAAGCCAAGAGGAAGGAGGACUUUUUCGGCUCCGACAGUGAAAUAAUUCAGGAUGAACAGGUCUAUUUACCUGAGGAGAGAUUAGAGGAAAUGAGCAGCUCCACGGCUCACCAGCUCAACAAAACCGGAGAGGGGGCCACUAGGGUGCGAAGAAACCGAAAAGUAAAGGCAACAACUUUACAGCCGGAAACAAAGGUGACACGGGGGUCAAGGAAGUCCAAAGGUGCUGCGCCUGCUAUCAGCCCUGAAUCAACACACUUCACUUCCAGAGCACAUUCACCGCGGUCUUUGUCUCCUGAAGGACAGGCAGAAUUACCAGCGGAGGAGGAUUUUGACAGAAAAGGUCAUUCAGAAAACGCAGGUGGAAGAGAAGACGCGGAACACGCGCUGGUGGAGAAAGUGAAGAAAAAUAAGAAGUCUAGUAAGCAAACAGGGAAAACAAAAGGGAAAAGUGUUCAAAUUCACGAAGACACCGAGACCCAGAAUAUCGGUGUCUCCGAGGAUCCCGCUUCUACUUCAAAGAAAAAGAGAAAGAAAACUGGAAAACAGAAAAAAGAAGAAGCUGAAGAAGAAAAUGAAGAGCCUAUAAAAGCCCAGAAUUCAACAGUUAAAGUUAAAAAGAAAAAGGGUCAACCAGCGUUUGUUGUAGGAAAACCUCGGCCACAGGAUGCUGAAUGGAUGGCAGAUCCAGUGGAUGAGCCUGAGAGACCGAUGACGCUUAAGAGAGAGGUGACGACUCUCGACUCCGAAGACGAGCAACUAGAAAACACAGAGAACACACCAGAACACACCUAUACCGACUCUGAAGAUGACAUGGAUGCUGAUACAGAGACUACAGACACACACGAACUCUCUCCCAGAUCAGUUUACAGCACUUACAGAUCUCAGCGCUCACUCGUUACAGCUCGUUCAGACGCCAGCAUUCACAGAUUCUCACAGAGCUCCAUCCGAACCGCCUCGAUGGGGACGGCGUCCCACUGUGGCCCGUGCAGCCCAGCACCCCUGUCUCUCAUCCACAUGCCUCCUCAGUCAGCGCUCCCUUCGGCCUCAGACAUCAGCAAAUCUGAGCCAGGCACUGACGUUAAAAGCAUUGAGGUUUCAACUAACCAAGCAGACAAAAAAGCUGCAGCGCUGGCUGAAAGGGCCGAGCGCCGUCGUCUGGAGGUGGAGAAGAAACGGAGGGAGAGAGAGGAGGAAAAGAAGAGACAGCAAGAAAAGGAAGCGACAGAAGAGAGGCUAAGACUGGAACUGGAAGACGAACAGAGGAGAAGAGCAGAGGAAGCAAGAUUACAGAAGAUCAGGGAAGAAGAAGAGAGACAAAGAAGACAGGAGGAGGAGCUGGAGAGACAGAGGAGAGGGCGGGCGGAGAAGGACAGAGAAAGAAGAAGGCAGGAAGAGAAGAGGAGGCUGCUGGAACGGCUCCAGAGAGAAAGGCAGGAAGAGGAAAAACGACAGGCUGCCCAACUGGAACGUGAGCGUUUGGAAGAGGAAGCUCGGAAGGAGGAGGAGCUCAGGAAGCUGUCGGAGAUGGAUGAGUGCGAGAGACUGGAGUACCUGCGAAGACAGCUGGAGCGGGAGGAGGAGAGGAGGAAAGCUGCCGAGGAGAGGAGGAGGAAGGAGGAGGAAGCAGCCAUACACGCCGUGGAAGAGGCCAGACUGCAGGCUGAACUGUUCUCCAGGCAGAGGGCGGCACUGGAGCAGCACUUAAAGUUUCACAGGGGGCUUUUUGUGGAGGCUGAAGGGCUGGAGCAGACACAGGAUAUCUCUCGGCCCUGGAUCUUCUCCUAUUUCACCCUGCUGAAGCUGCUUGGCUUGGCUGAGCCCGCACCUGAGGACACACUCAAAGAUGUGCUGUAGUUCUUCUUCAUGCAGUAAAUUCUCACAACUAGUGUUUCAGUUAUAUUUCCUUCAGUAGGUGAACAAAUCAGUGUGAGGUAAACUGCCGGAUAGCUCGUAUGCUUUCAGAUGUCUAACUCUGGCAUCGCAGCAUAUCAGCACUUCUGAAUUCUAGACCAAACAGUGAUGUAAAUUAAUAAAAUAAUAAAACACCAUGGGCAUUUUCAUAUAUAUAUAUAUAUAUAUAUAUAUAUAUAUAUAUAUAUAUAUAUA